CUGAAGCACGAGGAAGUGAGAAACCCGGACGGCUAUAAAACAUGAACCGCUGCACUGCAGCCGGACAGUCGCGCAGUUCACCUAGCCUUUGCUUUAUUUUCUUUGCCAAAUUUCGCUGCCUGUGAAAGAUAGACAUUUAAUACAUUGUAUCGCCAAAUAGUAUUGCUGAGUGAUUAAUACGGUUAAAAACAGGCACUGGACGGUGGAUACUACUUGCUUGCGGACUUUGGCAGACAAAAGGACACCUGUUACUGUAGCUGGACGGAGAGGAGGACCAUGAUCCCCCCGGGAGAGUGUCUGUACGCCGGCAGGAAACGACGGAAACCCGUUCAGAAACAGAAGCCUAUGGGGGCGACUCAAAAGUCGAAUCCAUCAAAGAGGCAUCGUGACCGGCUGAACGCGGAGCUGGAUCGUCUUGCCGGCCUUCUGCCCUUCUCCCCAGAAGUCAUCUCCAAGCUGGACAAGCUUUCUGUGCUGAGACUCAGUGUCAGCUACCUCAGGGUCAAGAGCUUCUUUCAAGCCAUCCAGGAGAAACCUGCCAGAACACACAGCACUGAGCCUGUCAGUCAGGAGGCAACAAAGGAUGCUUUGCCAGACACCAGUGGCAUUAUGGAGAGCGAGCUGUUACUUGAGUCACUGACAGGUUUCGCCCUGGUGGUGAGCACAGAUGGGAUGAUAUUCUACGCCUCAUCCACCAUUGCGGACUACCUGGGCUUCCACCAGACAGAUGUCAUGCACCAGAACGUGUUUGAUUACAUCCAUGUUGAGGACCGGAGUGAGUUCCAGCAGCAGCUACACUGGGCAAUGAAGCCUGAACUGCAGUGCCCCAACCCAGACAUCCACUCACCCACAGUGACUGGUGAGGACUUUUCAGUCAGCCUCUUCAGUCCUGAGAAGGGGGAUGACAUUCCGGUAGAGUUCCAGUGCUUCCUGCAACGCUGUUUUAUCUCUCGCCUGCGCUGCCUGCUGGACAGCACAUCUGGCUUCCUGACCAUGCAGUUCCAAGGCCGGCUCAAGUUCCUUCAGGGCCAGAGAAGAAAAACAACAUCAGGUGCCACUCUUCCACCUCAGCUGGCCCUCUUCUGCGUAGCUGCACCCGUAGUGAAACCCAUCAUUGCGGAGGUCAAGUCAAGGGCUACAAUGAUAAAGAGCAAACAGAAGAAUGUCACCCAGUCUGUUGCUGAGCCCAGCUGUGAGAGAAGGCACCUGAACACCGGAAGAAUGACUGACGGAGGAGGUGUGUUGCUAGUUAACCACACACCCUGGACACUUCUAUCCAAGGAUGGCAUCAGAUGCCAGAGCAAAGGGCUCUAUAUCAAGGAGGAGCCCUUGAACUUCAGCGAGUCUUCUGAUGACAGGCAGAAAGGUUGGGGCCCAGAAGGCCCGUGGGCACUGUGCCCGGCUUCAGGAUCCAUAAUAGUGGGUCCAAAUCUUGGCCAUGUUCGGAACAGACUUGGCAAGUGUGAUCAUUUUGUGAAAGGUGGAACCUAUCAGUUGUCGCCCUCUUGCUGUGAUAACUGCUGUGAGCCUUACCUGCCUAAGGUGAACCCAGAUAUGGGAUGUUAUCACAUGGAUGGCAUCAAAAAAGAGAGUGGGUCCUUAGUCGAAGGUGAGUGCUAUGGUAAUCAUGUGGUUCCGAAUGUUCCCAUCAAAACUGAACAGGAUUUGGACUUGGACAGCAGCUGUGGUGCGUACGGGGGAUCCCACAGUCAGAUGUGGAUGUUCAAAGGACCUGCGGAAAAACACUAUGACGUGUGCUAUGACCGAGGACUUCAGGUGAAGGUGGAGUCAGAUUAUUGCAAUCAGUAUUCCUCUUGUCAGCGGCACAGAACAAGUCUCAGUUCUACUUUCAGUGGGCUCUUCACAAAUAUGGACCAGAGGGACCAGGAGCCAGAUAAAUGCCUUUCCAGCAAACAUCUGGCCCAGUUCAGCCCCGAGCACUAUUCCCAUGCAGAUGGUCAGGGCAGAAAUUUUAUGGAGGGUCGCAUUUACAGGAGCUCCUCUCUAGAUGAAAAAGGUUACAUGCAACAGGACUACAAGUUAACCUAUGAGUUCAGGAGUCAUGGCCUGGUCCAUUCAAUCAAACGUGAGCCUAUGGACUCACCACCCUGGACAGACAGUAAUCAUGACAUUAACCAAGUAAAAUGCCCCAAGAACAAGCAAGAGCUGAAGAUUGAGGAAGUGGAUGCCUGGCAGAUCAUCACCAGGGAAGUCCAGGCUUCAGGCAGUCAUUGA